UUCGAUGUCAUAUUAUUUACUAUAAACAAAUCUCUUCAAAUAACAUCCUUUCCGAUAAAGAUAUAAUUAUCUUUAAUUUCCAUCAUGCUUUGUUUGAUUAUUCAUCCAUGAAUAUAUUUCUUCAGGAUCUCGAUCAAGCUUACAAAACAGGCCAACUAACAACUAAUAAUGAUACUACUCUACGUUAUAUCGAUUAUGCUGCUAUUGAACAACAAACGUCGAUGGGUGGUGCAAGUAUGUUUUGGCUUGAUGCUCUUCAUGACUGUAAACUUCAUCAAUCUUUAUCAUUACCAUUUGAUCGAUAUCGACUUAUGAAUGAACAUCGAAGUAAUCGAGCAACAUCUAUCUCUUUUGAUUUUGGUCAAGAUCUUUCCUAUCAUUUUCUUAUGUAUGCAUCAGCAAACAAUAUCAAACAUGAACAUCUAGCACUUGCUAUUUACUUUAUCUUCUUGUUUAAAUUAACGAAUGGUGAAAAAGAUUUAUGUAUUUCAAUAAAUAUCGACAAUCGUUAUAAAGAUGAACUAAAAUUUAUAAUUGGAUUGUUCGAAAAUGUUAUUCCAUUACGAUGUCAACUAGAUCCGCAUUGGUCUUUCCACCAACUACUUGAGCAUGUAAGAGAGACAACAACCAAUAGUAUGAAAUAUUCAUAUUUUCCUCUUCAACGUAUUCUCAACCAACAUCCAAAUGUUUCAAAACCAGCAUUUCUUGAUAUAACAUUUCAGUUUCUAUCAUCUAUGAGAAGAGAUGAGAAGAAUGAAAUAAUGAUUGGUGAUAGUCAACUGUCUUCGAUACUUACCGUAAUGAACACUUAUGAUAAUGAGAUUAGAAACAAGUAUGAUUUCUCACUUCUAAUGCAACAUGAUCUCAAUAUAAAUCAACUCUCAUGCACAAUCAAUGCAUCACUUGACUUAUUCAAUGUAGAAACAAUUGGUAACAUAUCUCAACGAUUUCAUUCAAUCUUAAAUCAAUUAUUUACAUCUGUUAAUGAUCAAAUGAACAAAUCAAUCUAUGAAUUAUCACUAACAUUACCAAAUGAAACAUUACUCAUGCAAUCAAUGAAUAAUACACAA